GUAGGCCCAGAGGAGAUUUUCUGAGCAAUUGUUUAUCAUUUCACGCAUGACUUGUAUGUUUUUUUUAUUAAGGGGGAAAAUGUUGGGAAUUUAUGAGGCUGUGAGGCUCCGUGGAAGCUGUUUUUGCUUCUCAAGUGUUUUGCUGCUGUGUGGUUCUGCUUUGAGAUUGGAAGAUCAUUUCUUUGGUGCUUCAGGUUCCUCUUAUCUUCUCUCUCUUUUGCGCAUGUGAUGAGCGUUUGCUUCUAGACUCUUAGCGGUGGAGAAGCUCUCCUCGUGCGUCUCCAUUGAUCAAAGAUUGCAUUUUUUCCUCAUCAAUUUUGUAUUUUUCCGACUCGGGUCCUUUGAAUUCUCCAACUUUUUGUUUUGGGGGGUGAUCUCUAGCCUAGGGUUUUCCUAGGAUCCGUCCCUUGUGGUUUUCAGUGCUUUCGUGACUCAGGCGGGUUUGCAUUCCGAGAGUUCGCGUCUUGGUCGGGUCUGAAUCGUGACUGUCUGAAGAGAAAAAAAGGGUUGGGUUUUUCUUCGUGAUGUUGUGUUGUGGUGGUGAUGAAAUGAGCUGUUGAAUCCGACAUGGUUGCGGUCGGAGUGAUUGGGAAUUGGAGAAUCCGGAGGAGUCAUCGGUUACUUGGGUUUGUGUACGGCGGUUUCCGGCUAGCUUAUGGCGGAUGAUCAAUGGAGGGUACAUCAGAAUCUAAUUCUAGAGGCUUGAACACCUCUGGGGUUUCAGAUAGGAACACUGACUUCUCCCCCAUCGAGAGAAUCACUCGUUCGGCUGAUGCUUCGAGUGAUCACGAGGUCAGGAAGGAGUUUGACAAGUCUUUGUCCCAUGUCGAUUACGUCAGAAACCUGUUGGGUGCCCAGAAGGGUUUUGAAGAAGAAGAAUCUGGGCUUCGACAUUUCGUGAGAAGCUUGGAAUGGGGCGACGUCAGCCUGAGAGAGUGGCUGGACAAGCCUGAACGAUCUGUGGAUGUGUUCGAGUGUCUGCACAUUUUCAGACAAAUCGUGGAGAUUGUAAACGUGGCCCACUCCCAAGGCAUUGUCGUCCAGAAUGUCCGGCCGUCCUGCUUUGUCAUGUCUUCGUUUAACCACGUUUCGUUCAUCGAAUCGGCUUCCUGUUCGGAUUCCGGGUCUGAUUCGUUAGAAGACGGGCUUAACAGUCACAAGGAACCACGCGGUUUGCAUCAAGAGAUUGGUAGCUCGGCCAGAGAGGAUCUUCAAUCGCGCAACCUCGGUUGUCGUCUGAAUGCAUUGUCUCAGGCUAGUUUACGAGAAGAGAGACAAGACGAGCAACUAGAGGAUGAAAAGAAGCAAUCUUUUCCGAUGAAACAGAUACUGGCGAAGGAGACGAGCUGGUAUACGAGCCCGGAAGAGGAUAUAGACUCUCCUAGUACAUGUGCUUCUGAUGUCUACCGCCUCGGUGUUCUUCUUUUUGAGCUAUUCUGCCCGGUUCCCUCGAGAGAAGAGAAGUCGAGAACUAUGUCUAGCUUGAGACAUCGUGUUCUUCCGACUCAGUUGUUGCUCAAAUGGCCGAAAGAAGCUUCCUUUUGCUUGUGGCUACUGCAUCCCGACCCCAGUUGCCGGCCCACGAUGAGCGAGUUGCUCCAAAGCGAGUUUCUUAACGAACCAAGAGACGAUUUGGAAGAACGUGAAGCAGCGAUAGAGAUACGAGAUAGGAUCGAGGAACAGGAGUUACUGCUCGAGUUUUUGUUACUGAUUCAGCAAAGGAAACAAGAAUACGCGGAUAAAUUGCAGGACACGGUUUUACUUCUUUCAUCUGACGUCGAAGAAGUCGUGAAACAGCAAUCGAUUCUGAAGAAGAAAGGGACCUCGUCCCCGGGUUCCCGAAGGGAUGAUCAAUCUAAUUCCAGCCGUCAGCCGCUGCUGAACAUAACGGAACAGGAAGAUCCCUCGAUCUUGGUCUCGAGAAAACGGUUCAGACAAGGAAUUCAGACAAGUACAAUGGAUGAUGAGGAGUUGAAACUUGGGGAGAAUCGAGAGAGUACGCUUCUUCAAAGCUCCCGGCUGAUGAGAAAUUUCAAGAAACUGGAAUCCGUCUACUUCUUGACGAGAUACAGACAAAUCAAGGCGGCCGGGAAAUCAUUGUCUCGACAUUCGCCGGUAUGCAGUGACGGUAGAGGUUCGAUGGCUGUCUCGGAGAGAAGUUCGAUUAGUAACUUGGCAUCCAAAGAUGUAAGCAACGUUCCGAGACUAGGCGGGUGGAUCAACCCUUUCCUCGAGGGUUUGUGCAAAUACUUAUCUUUCAGUAAGCUAAGAGUGAAAGCGGAUUUGAAACAAGGAGACUUGUUGAACUCUUCCAACCUCGUUUGCUCGAUUGCGUUCGAUCGAGAUGGGGAGUUUUUCGCCACGGCCGGAGUCAACAAGAAAAUCAAGGUAUUCGAAUGCAACGCCAUUAUGAACGAUAGCCGGGAUAUUCACUAUCCAGUGGCAGAACUGGCAAGUCGGUCGAAGUUAAGCGGUAUAUGCUGGAAUUCCUACAUAAAAAGCCAAGUAGCGUCUUGUAACUUCGAAGGCGUGGUUCAGGUAUGGGAUGUUUCAAGAAGCCAGUUGAUUACGGAAAUGAGAGAGCACGAGAAGCGGGUUUGGUCCAUCGAUAUCUCGUCAGCAGAUCCGACGUUGCUGGCCAGUGGGAGCGACGACGGAACUGUCAAGCUAUGGAGUAUCAAUCAGGGGACGAGUAUCGGAACAAUCAAGACGAAGGCUAACAUAUGUUGCGUCCAGUUCCCGUCGGAUUCAGGACGGAAUCUAGCAUUCGGGUCGGCAGAUCACAAAGUGUAUUACUACGAUCUACGGAACCCGAAAAUCCCGCUGUGCACGAUGAUCGGACACAGCAAGACAGUGAGUUACGUCAGGUUUCUGGAUUCGAAAACGGUCGUGUCUUCGUCCACGGACAACACCUUGAAGCUAUGGGACGUAUCCAUGGCCGCAUCAGGUGUUAACAAAGCUCCUCUUCACUCAUUCAUGGGCCAUACCAAUGUAAAGAACUUCGUAGGGCUGUCGGUUUCUGAUGGGUACAUAGCCACAGGAUCUGAGACCAACGAGGUUUACGUGUACCACAAGGCAUUUCCAAUGGCGGUAACGUCGUUCAUGUUCAGCAGCACAGAUCCGGUGUCGGGGAUAGAGGUUGAAGACAGUUCCCAGUUCAUAUCUUCAGUUUGCUGGAGAGGACAGUCUUCCACUGUGGUCGCUGCCAACUCCACCGGCAACAUCAAGAUCCUCGAGAUGGUCUGAACAUAUAUAUAUAUAUAUACACACAGAUAUAUAUAUCAUAUCCGUCGGGUUCAGGGGUAAAAGCGUAAUUUCGUUUCUGCGGGUACAGGAGGAGGGAGCCAUAUAUUUUUUUUUGGGGUAGAAGAAGAAUAGAAGUGGAAAACUUUGUUGUUGGUUGCUGGGAAACGAAACUGUGAAUAAAAAUUUACUGUGAAAACGGAAGAGAGAGAAGGAAGGGUUUUCUUGUUGUUGUAUAUUUCUGUCUAUACCGUCACAGAUAUGCCAUUUUUUUUAAUGCCAAUAUCAAAUAUUUCAUUUUACA